AUGAACCCAGCCGAACAACCGUGGUCCGCAAAGCGCUUGGCCAACAAGCGACGCCAGGUCAAGGGUAAGAUCCUGCUACUCCAAAGCAGACUUACCGAACUGGAGGAAGAUCAUCAACUGCCAUCCUUGCCAGAGUUCCGGGUGUUCGCGAAGAACAUAGAGCGGUACUACGGUGAGUUAGAUCAGGUGCUGCAAAAUGUUGAGGAGAGUGAUCUUUUUGCCGAUGAACGAGACGCCCACGACAUGGAGUGCGCGGCGAUUGAGGGGCUACUCCAAGGAGUCAAUCUGAAGAUCGUAGCCCUCAGUAGCGCACUGCUUUCCCAACCCGUUCAAGUCACUGUCCUUGAGCAGUGCCAGCACCAGCCACCAGUCAGUACCGGAAAUGAACCCGCCGAUCCAGCUGUAGCAGCCCCCAAGGUAUGUGCACCACUCGAACCCAUCUCGAACCCACCCAUCACAACCAAAGAUCAUGAUCAGCCGUUGCUCACGCGGUGUGACGGACGCCACUUGAAUACAGUCUGCUACACGGACAGUGAAGUACCGCGCGUUCUUAGUCAAGAGACAAACCCCAAUCCGAUCGAACCCCAGAUCAUGCCAGUAAGAUCCCUCCAACAAGAGAAACCCUUCGCAGAGCAUAAAGAGAUACAACCGCCCGCCGAACCUGAAAUGGUUCGACACGGCGCCUCGGCAAGAGUUCGAGGUGACGUCGACAUGUCCGGCGAUUCAGGCGUACCUCCUACGCUGCGGUCAGAAGAGCGGAUCCACGGUGACCGACGACGUUCAACCGACCGUAACCGUGCAGCCGAAAAGUUAGCAGAGAAGCUGCUGCAGUCUGUAAUCUUAACCAGCAUCGAGAAGCAGUUCCGUUUGGUUUGGGACCCGGGAGUGCAGCCGAGCUCUGCUUCCAGCUCAACCACUCAACUGACCGAAGAACACCACUAG